AUGUAUGACCAGCUAAAUGAAGCUUGCCAGACCCCUACACGACAGAUGACUAGGUACUUGACUUUAUCACAGUGCUGGAUAUAUGAGCACUUUCCUAGUGUGCAUCAGUGCGUCACUGAUGAUGCGUAUGCUGAGACGACCCCAUGUGCCUCCUGGUGGCUGACUACGAAGGCUCACAUGAGGGGGGUCACAGGAGCGUCGUACCGGGCACGGUCAGCUGAGAUGGGUCCUAUUGUGGUCUUUGUUCGACCAGAGAGGGUGGUACGACAAUUCGGGUACAUUCAAAUGAUCCCUCUGUCGCCUGUUAGUGCUUCACUGUCAUAUGAGGAGAUAGGCGACAGGUGGAUGCAUUUCUUGGACCAUGUAGUACCUGCGGGUGAGAUUUGUGUUGUCCCUGGACAGGCAGGUGAUCAGCCCAGACAUCCACCUACCCCACAUGAUGAGGAAUACGUCGAGCCACAUAUCCCGGAGGUUCUAGUGGCAUUUGAUCUCCCUAGACAUUCAGUGGAUGCUUGUGAAGGUUGUGAAGCAAUCGCAGAAAGGUUGGAGCGUGUGCUCAACCUUAGGAUGGUCACUGAAGGCACAGAGUUACACGAAAUCAUGCAAGAUUGCCUCAGGAUCGCUAGGGGUAACACCUCAGAUGGAAGUCUCAGGGCGCGACAUAGACGCCGCAUAGAUCAUUGA